AACCCACGCCUCCUUAAUCAACCAACGCGCUCUGAAAAACGAACAAGAAAAAAUACCAACACGAAGAAGAAGAAGAAGAAGAAGAACCAGAAGCCAAAAAGCCAAACCCAACUCAUACAUAAACACAGACUCUCUCUCUCUCUCUCUCUGUAUAUAAUGGAAGCUGGUGAAAAAUCAUUCCCAAGCUUUCAUUCUCUUCAAAUACUCAUCUUCAUCUCACUGAUGCUGUGCAAUUUGGCUUUUGUCAAAGCAAAUGUAUCAAACCCUUUACCAUUUCAAAGAGAAUUCAAUGAGUUUCGGCCCUUGUAUUACUGCGAACGAUGCCUUGCGGGCAAGGUGCAAGAUACUGCUUCUGCUACUGGAGUCAGCAAUUAUCCAGAUGAACAGGAUAUUGACAUCAUUGCGACAUACAGUGAUACUUCUGGUGCUAUUCGAAUUAGUAGGGUGAAAAUGAGGGACCUAUCUGCUUCCUGGGUAUGGGAAAACCCUAUGGAUGUUCACCAUGACCAGUCAACAAGUUCUGAGACAGUGGUUGAUUCAUUUCAAUCUGGGAUAAGAUCUGGAGAGAAUGCUGAGCAUUAUAUCGAUGGGCAUCAAGAUGGUAGAAUCCCAUAUCUUUACAACUCAUCAAUGAGCCCAGUGAAGCACAUGCGGCAGAUAGCACGGAAGGAAAGGAGGGAUCUCCGAACUGCACAAAUAAUUCAACAAGAUAAAGAAACUGACAACCAGAUGGCAGAAGCAGCAAUUGAAAGAUCUAAAAGCCUUGACACCUCUGUCAAGAGAAAGUACAAUAUAUGGAGGCGAGAUUUUGUUCAUCCACAUUCAGAUUCCAUCCUCAAACUUAUGCAGGACCAGAUGAUAAUGGCCAAAGCAUAUGCAAGCAUUGCCAAGUCUAAGAAUGAAAGUGAGCUUUACAACUCUCUUAUGGCACACUCCAACGCAAGUCAAAGUGCUAUUGGAGAAGCACAUUCUGAUGCUGAGCUUCACCCAAGUGCCCUUGAUCAAGCAAAAGCAAUGGGUCACAUUCUCUCUAGAGCAAAAGACAAAUUAUAUGACUGCGACAUAGUUGCAAGGACAUUUAGAGCCAUGGUUCAGUCAACUGAAGAUAAAGUAACUGCAAUGAAGAAGAAGACUGCUUUCUUGAUUCAGCUAGCUGCGAAAACAAUCCCUAAACGAUUGCAAUGCCUUCCUCUGCAGCUUGCAGCAGAUUAUUAUAUGCAGGGUUAUUAUAGUAAACCGGAUCUUGACAAAGAAAAGCUUGAAGAUCCUUCUCUCUAUCACUAUGCCAUAUUUUCUGAUAAUGUACUAGCAGCAUCUGUGGUUGUCAAUUCUACUGUGCUGCAUGCAAAGGAACCUGAAAAACAUGUUUUUCAUGUAGUCACAGAUAAACUGAAUUUUGCUGCAAUGAGAAUGUGGUUUAUUGUCAACCCUCCUAUGAAGGCAACAAUCCAAGUUGAGAACAUUGAUGAUUUCAAGUGGCUGAAUUCCUCAUACUGUUCUGUUCUACGCCAACUUGAGUCUGCGAGAACUAAAGAAUAUUAUUUUAAAGUAAACCAUCCUACUACCGUAUCUGCUGGGGAAGACAAUCUUAAAUACAGGAACCCGAAAUAUUUGUCCAUGUUGAAUCACCUAAGGUUCUACCUUCCUGAAGUUUACCCAAAGCUGGACAAGAUCCUAUUUUUGGAUGAUGAUAUUGUAGUUCAGAAGGAUCUCACGCCUCUUUGGUCCGUUGAUCUGCAAGGGAUGGUAAAUGGUGCAGUGGAGACAUGCAAGGAAAGCUUCCAUAGGUUUGAUAAGUAUCUCAACUUCUCAAAUCCAAAGAUCUCUGAGAAUUUUGAUCCAAAUGCUUGUGGUUGGGCAUUUGGCAUGAAUAUUUUUGACUUGAAGGAGUGGAAAAAGCGAAAUAUAACUGGAAUAUAUCAUCGUUGGCAAGAUAUGAAUGAGGAUAGGACCCUUUGGAAACUUGGCUCAUUGCCACCGGGACUGAUCACUUUCUAUAACUUGACGUAUCCACUGGAUCGGGGUUGGCAUGUCUUGGGACUUGGCUAUGACCCAGCCCUUAAUCAAUCAGAGAUAGAGAAUGCCGCUGUCAUCCAUUACAAUGGAAACUACAAGCCAUGGCUGGAUUUGGCCGUUUCAAAGUAUAAUUCUUACUGGUCUAGAUAUGUUAUGUUUGACAACCAUUAUCUUCAAUUUUGCAACAUCCGCCAAUAACUAUUUUUUUUCCCUCUCUCUCACUCACCCCCGGUCCCCCACAUGUGUAAUGUUUGAAUUUCAAAGAAAAGAAUUUCAAAAUGCCUCGUUGCCCA